AUGUCGCCUCCACGCAUUGUAUCGACCAUCGCCCUGAUCCAGCAGCUGUGGAGGCAGGCAGAACUACCAGUCAACGUCUUGGAAAACACUUUGCGUCGGGGCAAUUUGGUACUCGUUAAAGAACCGUCGGAUCAGGGACAAGCGAUUCAAUCGUCGUUUCAUCUGACGGCUGUUGCUCAGGCGUGCUGUGCAGCAAUCGCACUUGCGGAGAGAUUGAGAUGUGCGCUGGUUCGACUCGAAAAGUCGAGUGGCAGUGCAGGAGAGUUGCAAAGCUUGGCGUUGGAUCGCGUACAGGUAGAUGCGAGUCACGCUUUGGCUGAGUACAAAGGCUGGACCAAGAUCCACCUCGGAGGUUCGAACAAGAGGAAGCAAGAGAUGCUCAAGGAGGCCAUCGAGUCCGAUAGCGAGGACGCGAAACGAGUACUCGGGAUCGACCCGAACGCGGUGGCAGAUUGGGAUGCCCUCGCUGGCCUUUACCGUUGCAGACCUUCUUCGAGCCGAGGCGUACCGGCCGUGGUUCGCAUUCAUACGAACUUUCCACAUCACAAACUUGGCAUCCUUCAACUGCUCAAUCUCGCUCCUUCCACAGCAAGAUGGAACGAUGUCGGCAUCCACGAGACGAUCUUCUCACGAGUCUCAAAGCAGGAUCUUCAGAGAGAGCUGGACCAGUGGGACGCGUUCGAAUUCGAAGCUGCUGCGCAGAAGCGCGGGCUGUGCGUGACUGUUUAUCGAAGCAGGGCGGAAUGGGAGGCGUCAGAGAUGGGUGCAGCUCUGAAAACGUGGAUGGGAGAAAACGUCGACGAUAGUGCGUUUCGCAUCUCGAGGAUCGCUUCCGCCUCAAAUUCAAGUCUAAAGCCACGAGAGCCCAACGAGAGGCUCAGAAUUAUCGACAUGUCGAGAGUCAUUGCAGGACCGAUUGCCGCUCGGAUUCUCGCAGCGUACGGCUCAGAUGUGCUACUGCUCAGCUCUGAGAAGCUGCCGAACCUGCCACUGCGAGAACUGGAUACGGCGAGGGGCAAAAGGACGGCCUUUGUCGAAUUGCCCAAAGUCAACGACGCUGCGGAGCUGCGGAAAAAGAUGAAGGAUCUAAUUGAGGUAGCGGACGUAGUUUCCCAAGCAUACCGACCACAAGGUUUAGCAGAGCGGGGGUUGAGUGCUGAAGCGGCUCAAAGGAUUCGACCGGGAAUCGUGUACGCCGAGUUGUGUGCGUUUGGCUUCACAGGACCGUGGAAGGACAGGAGAGCGUACGACUCGUUGACGCAGACUGCCACUGGUAUCAACUACCUCGAAGGUCUCAGCUAUCAACAGCAUCACAGCGGAGGGGUGGACGGGGUCCAGGUGGAACCGAAAGCGCUACCCGUGCAGGCGCUGGACUAUGCAGCUGGAUCCUUGAUGUGCUUCGCUAUUCUGGCAUGCCAGUGUCGAGCCCUACUGGAGCGUCUCGGUGGCAGCAAAGAUGGGAGAGCUGAAGAGGACGGCUGGAAAGUGCAGAUCAGCCUCGCAAGCACAGCAGAGUGGAUUCAUAGCUUGGGUCAGAUUCACGGAGAUGACGCUUGGACGAAACCUCCUCAAGAGAUCAUUCCAAGUGAUGUGGACAAGCUGGCCGAUAUGACGAGCAGCUACCAGGUACGCGGUCUCGCAGAUGGCGAUGACAGCGAAAGGCGAGAUGUGAGGGUGCUCGCUGUUCGGCACGCAUCUAUCCCCGCCGAAGGCGAGGCACACGAGUCAGAGGACAGCGGUUUCAGGUGGACGGUGCCGGCCCAUCUCGGCGUAGACAAGUUGAAAUGGACGUAG